AUGAUAGGCGAGAAACCUGCCAUCAUAUUUGACCUGGGAACUGCUUACUUAAAAAUCGGUUUUGCUGGAGAAGCUAAUCCGCGCUAUAUUCUUCCUUCUCCAUUUGCUACCAUUGACUAUGCCCACGCUAAUAUCUUUGAAACUCUCAAAGAGCUCUUUCAUCGACUCUGUUACAAAUAUCUUAUUGUGAACGCAAAGGAGCGUCGAUUUGUAAUUGUUGAGUCAGUUAUGAUGCCCACUAAUUUUCGUCAGUCAGUAGCGGAUGUCCUUUUCCGUCAUUUUGAAGUUCUAUCCAUUCUUUUCGCUCCUUCUCAUCUAGUGGCCCUUUUCACUCUUGGAGUCUCCACUGGUUUGGUGUUGGAUUGUGGUUUCACAGAAGCUCUAAUUCUUCCCAUUUACGAAGGUUAUACUCUUCUCAAUGCUUGGCAUUCAGCACCACUUGGCAGCAAGCAUAUUCAAAAGGCAAGUGUUGAAAAUUGUUAUCUACCAGAACUGGGGAGGCAACUUCGUGAGCAUGCCUUUGUUGAUGCGGAUGAAGCCGGAACAGAACGCCUUAAGUUGUCAGAAGUUCCCGAUUUUGACCCGGACAGGGACAUAACCCCCUGUGCACUGGAGGAUAUUAUCGGGCGGGCUUGUUUCGUAAGUCCAAUGGAGAGAGCAGCGGCAUGGAGACGCUGGUCUGAGAGCCCAGACACCACGGAAUCCCCCACGUACGCCAGCGAAGUCUUUACUUGCCCCCUAGGUGGUGGAGGUGGUCGUGGUCCCCUCCUCGUGCACAUCCCCUCGCGACUACGGGAGUCAGUUGUGGAGAUGCUAUUCACCCCACAAGGUGACCUCGAUGGAGUUUCCAUCCCUUCAAUGUUCCUUGAUUGCCUUCUAAUGUGUCCCAUCGAUUGUAGAAUGGCUUUUGUGCAGAACAUGGUUUGUAUUGGUGGUACAACAAUGCUUCCAGGUUUUAUUGAACGCCUAAACGAAGAGCUAAAGCGUUCCCUAGAUCUUCCAAAAUACUCACCGCUCAAUGCCCUCAAAGAACACAUCAAAUUCCACCAACCACCUUCAAAGCCCAACUACACUGCUUGGCUUGGAGGGGCAAUAUUCGGCGCAUUAGAAUGUCUCCCUGGUCGAUCGAUAUUGCGGGAAUCCUACUUAGCGAAUCCCAAGCUACCAGAUUGGAAUGUGCUACCAGAGGAGACCGCUGCUGUAUCCGCUCCACAAUCAGAACUCGAACCCAAGCAUUCAAGGUGA